AUGGAUAUGCCACGAGAGCAAGAAGCCUCCCAGGAAACCGAACGGGCCUCGCAAGAGCGUGAUCUUGCAGCCAGAGAAGAACAAGUCAAGGUUCGAGAAGAACAAGUUAGGGUUCGAGAAGAACAAGUCCAGGUUCGAGAAGAACAGGUCAAGGUCAAGGAAGAGCAGCUCAAUAAUAAGGAACAAGAGCUGUAUGACUGGGAAGCCAGCGCUUAUGCCCAGGAGGCAGAAGAAGAAGGUGAUGAUGAUGAUGAUGAUGAUGGACAAGAAGAACAUGAUGAUGAUGAUGAUGGACAAGAACAACAGGAAGCAGAAGCAGUAGAAUGGACAGAAGAGGCAGAAGAGGAAGAACAAGCCGACCCGGAAGCUAAGGAGUACCAAGUAAACUUCAACAUGUGCACCGCCUGCUUCAAGUGGGACGCCCAAAGCGCAGCCCGCGCCCUGGAUAGUGACAGAAUUCCCUCCGACUCAGAAGUGUUCCUCGCCACUCCCGCUGCCGUCGUCCGCAUUCCAUUCGAUGAUCAAUACGACGCAUUGAAUGAAGCCCACAUCAUCGCCAAGCAAGUAUUCUGGUAUGCUUACCAAAAGCACUGGCCCAUCAACUGCCUCAGACGCUACCCCGAGUCCUACAACCAAGUCCGAUUUGGCCGAGAAGAACUCGAGCGAGCAGGUCUGGGUACAGGCUCAUUCAGGACGGGGCCCGAGAAGUGUCAAAUGUGCGAGGAAACGCGACAAUGCGUCGUGGGAGAGUGUUUUUCCAUGACCCACCUCCGUAAUGCAGUCAGUCACCCUUCGGACAAUUUCGACAUGGAUUCCCUCAUCCGCCUCCUCAAUCGCGCUCGAAGAUUUGCUGUCGAUUUGGAUGAUGCUGCUCGUGCUGACCAAAUUCAACAGGUGAUGGAGCGCGUGAUGCAAAAAGCUCGUGCAGCGUACAGGCAGAUUGAAGAUUGCGUUGGGGCGGAUUAUUGUUGUCCUGGCCCUCAACGAGACCCGGAAAGAAAAUGUAAGUCGAGCUAUCCUGUUGAGUCUUGUUCUUCUACUACUACUACUACUACAACAACAACAACAGAAACUGACCCUGACCAACCACCCCCACCAGAACCUGAACCUGAAUCCUCACCAGAAGAACAACAACACCAACAACAACCACCCCCAACAACCCCCAAAAUAAACUACUCCGCCCUCCCCUACCACAUCCAAUACACCCUCCACAUCAUCCCCUCCUACCCCGCUUACCACCAAAACAAGUACUCUCCCACAAUUCUCCUUGCAGCAAAACUCUGGAAAGCCACAGGUCUCCAACCGGGCCAAACAGACGAACACUUUGCGAGAGUGGAUGCUGCUCUGGCGAAAAUUAAAUCUAAUCCCGAAGAGUGUACGGAGAGGGAAAGGGAGUAUUAUGAGAGGUUUAAGAAGAGGAGUGGGGGGACGAUGGAGAAGAUAUGUUGGUGA